AUGGUACUUGGAUUAGUCCUCGUCCUCAUCCUUGUUACGUCUAUCUUCAUCAAAAAGUUCCUUCUGAAACACCAUGACUACUUUCCUCCAAGCCCCUUGGCGUUGCCCAUCAUCGGCCAUUUUCAUCUCCUCUGCCCUCUCAUCCAUCGUUCCUUUCACGAUCUCUCUAUACGCUUCGGUCCCAUAUUCUCUCUGCGCCUCGGCUCCAUCCCAUGCAUCGUGGUGACCUCGCCGGAGUUGGCAAAAGAAAUCCUCAAAUCCCACGAGCUCUCCUUCGUAAACCGGCUUCAGACAACCGUGGUCGAAACUAUGACCUACAAUGCUUCUUUUGCAUUUGGACCUUAUGGAAAUAUCUGGAAGUAUACCAAGAAGCUGAUCGCGAACAAGCUCCUCAGCAGCCGCAGCGUAGACAACUUUGGUGCCAUCCGAAACCAAGAGUACAUAAGACUUCUAAGGCUGUUGGCCAAGAAAGCCGAGACUUCCGAAUCAGUCAACCUCAGUGAGGAGCUGCCAAGACUUAGCCACAAUGUUAUCGGGCAGAUGAUGAUGGGGAACUAUUCUAGUACUUCACGGGCGGAAGAGAUGGCAUCUGUUGUCCGAGAGGCGACCCAAAUUUUCGGGGAGUUCAAUUUCAGUGAUUUUAAUUGGAUUUGGAAGAAAUUUGAUUUGCAGGGAUUCCGAAAGAGAACCGAGGCCAUACAUAAGAAGUUCGAUGCAUUGGUGGAGAAGGUGAUCGCUGAACGUGAAGAGUUGAGGAAGAUACAGAAGAAAGGCAACAAUAUUACAGAAGAAGAGGAUGUCAAGGGAUUCCUUGAUAUAUUGCUUGAUAUUGUGGAGAAUAAGAGCAUUGAGGAUUUGGAGGUUGAAUUUUCAAGAGAUCAUGUUAAGGGUCUAAUUACGGAUAUGUUUGCGGCCAGCAUAGACACGACCUCAAUUGCAAUGGAGUGGGCGCUAGCAGAGCUUAUCAAUCACCCAGAGUUGCUUGAGAAAGCAAGGAGUGAGAUAGAUCGAGUCGUUGAAAAAGAACGGUUAGUCGGAGAAUCGGAUGUUCCAAAGCUUAUUUACAUCCAAGCAAUUAUAAAAGAAACAAUCAGGCUACACCCACCAUUGACUUCAGUUGCAAGAAAAUGUGUAAAGCAAUGUAAGGUUGACAAAUAUGUCAUUGCCAAAGACACAACGUUGUUCAUAAACACCUGGGCCAUCGGAAGAGACCCUAAGUACUGGGAAAAGCCAUUAGAGUUCUAUCCCGAACGAUUCUUACAACUCGACGGGGGUGACAAGGCGACUGCGGUAGAUGUUAGAGGGCAACAUUUUCAGUUUCUUCCGUUCGGAUCAGGAAGGAGGAUAUGUCCUGGAAUAACCUUGAGCAUGAAAAUGCUACCUGCACUACUUGCAGCUCUGAUUCAAUGCUUUGAUUGGAAAGGUGUCGGGACACAUUGCAAGAAUAAUGUUCUUGAAAUGGAUGAAAAACCCGGUUUCACGACUCCGAGGGCGUAUGAUCUUGUUUGUGUUCCUGUAGCCCGCUUCAGUCACCUUAGUAUUUUGAAUCAUGAUCCAUGA